UUUGUUGUGGGGGUGCGGCACCCACUAAGGCCCCGUUUCAAGAUGGCGGACGAUAGUGAGACAGCAGGGAGGCAGCCGCCGUCGCGGCCCCAGCGAUCGUCUGGAGAGGAGAAUGACCACGAGCACUGCAGCGAUUGCGAGAACGAGGAGGACGACUACGGCCGUAGUGGCUUCAGUCCAGCAAAUGACAGUGGAGCCAAAAAGAAGAAAAAGAAACAGAAACGGAAAAAAGAGAAAGGAGGAGAGCAGCUGGAUCAUGUCCAGGACCAGCCAGUCAAGGUGAACUCAUUGCCAGCUGAGAGGAUCCAGGAGAUUCAGAAAGCCAUUGAACUGUUCUCUGUAGGUCAGGGACCUGCCAAAACCAUGGAGGAAGCCAGCAAGCGCAGCUACCAAUUCUGGGACACGCAGCCAGUUCCCAAACUAGGUGAAGUGGUGAACACUCAUGGUCCUGUUGAACCAGACAAAGACCAUAUCCGUCAGGAGCCCUAUACCUUGCCCCAAGGCUUCAUCUGGGAUGCCCUGGACCUCGGGGACCGAGGCGUGCUUAAGGAGCUAUACACACUCCUGAAUGAGAACUAUGUGGAAGAUGAUGACAACAUGUUCCGGUUUGAUUACUCCCCAGAGUUCCUUCUGUGGGCUUUGCGUCCCCCCGGCUGGCUGCCCCAGUGGCACUGUGGUGUCAGAGUUGUCUCUAGCAAAAAACUGGUUGGAUUCAUCAGUGCGAUUCCAGCCACAAUCCAAAUCUAUGACACUGAAAAGAAAAUGGUGGAGAUAAACUUCCUGUGUGUCCACAAGAAGCUGCGCGCCAAGCGGGUGGCACCAGUCCUGAUCCGGGAGAUCACUCGGCGGGUUCACCUCGAGGGGAUAUUUCAGGCUGUUUACACAGCAGGGGUGGUGCUGCCAAAACCUGUUGGGACUUGCAGAUACUGGCACCGGUCCCUGAACCCUAGGAAGCUGAUUGAAGUCAAGUUUUCCCACCUCAGCAGGAACAUGACUAUGCAACGUACCAUGAAGCUCUACCGGCUGCCAGAGACUCCAAAGACACCUCGCAUGCGGGCAAUGGAGCACAAAGAUAUAGCUGCUGUUCACAAGCUCCUGAUAGAGUACCUGAAGCAGUUCCAUCUGACCCCGGUCAUGAGCUGUGAGGAGGUGGAGCACUGGUUCUUACCUCAAGAGAAUAUAAUUGACACCUUUGUGGUCGAGAGCGCCACUGGUGAGGUGACAGACUUUCUGAGCUUUUAUACUCUGCCCUCCACCAUCAUGAACCACCCCACUCACAAGAGCCUGAAAGCUGCUUACUCCUUCUACAAUGUUCACACCAAGACCCCCCUCAUAGACCUCAUGAGUGAUGCCCUGAUACUGGCAAAAUUGAAAGGGUUUGAUGUGUUCAAUGCACUGGACCUCAUGGAAAACAAAACCUUCCUGGAAAAGCUGAAGUUUGGGAUUGGGGAUGGGAACCUGCAGUAUUACCUUUACAAUUGGAAAUGCCCCAGCAUGGCAGCAGAGAAGGUUGGACUGGUGUUGCAGUAACCAAUUCCCCAGAGUGGAGUGAGCAACGCUGCUAAGAUGGGCCAGGAAGCAAACGCUGCCACUUGCUGUUGAGGUUUCAGUAGGAGCGAGACCCUCGCACAAAGGCGUUAGGACUGAACCAGCCCCACGAGCCAUCGACCGGUGUUAACGAUUGCCGCACGAUGCUGACUGCAGCUCCCCCGGCGGCGUCAUUGGUCUCCUUUUGUUUUUGAUUUAAUUGCAUCCUCAUAAAGACAUGAUCAAGGGAAUGUAACUGCCGAAAACUGGCUCACGAUUGGUAUAUAAUGGAUUUAACGGGUGAAUAAUAAAAGUAUAUAUUAUAUAUAUUUUAAAUCUUUCCUGUUCCAAACUGACGCUGACGCACUCCUCCCUGCCAAGAGGCUGCUUCCCAGUCACCGCACCAUGACUCUUCGCUACAAGAGGCUGGGUUUAAAAGGGGUCCUGUUGCUUAUUAUGCUGGUCUUCUGCUAUUAUCAGCCUGGGCUCCAGUCCUUUCUUGGGUAACAGGGCGCUGGCUUCGUGACCAGCAGCAAAACCACUGAACAGUUCAGUCCUGACCAGCAGGGGUGGAACAUGUCAGGGCUGAGGGACUGCUCUAUCAUGCUCAUGGGGCUCGGGACUGAGGCAUACUGAAUGAGAUGCCUGGCUCUAUCCAGCAUUUGUAUCUUGCUCUCCCAAGCUCAAGAUUUGUCGGUGCGCUGCGGUGGGCAGGGCUGCAAGUCUGUGUCUUGGACACUCAGGGUGGAAGAAGCAAAGGAGCUGGUGACACGCCCUGGCACCCUGAAGAGCUGGUAUUAGACUCUUGCAGGCGAGCUCUGUUCAAGUCCAGUCUUCCUGGUCUAACUCCAUCUGAGGGUGUGAAAUGAAGGACUCUUUAGCUGCUAGGAACCACAUCCAUAUUCUUGUACUAACAAGGGCUAUUUGUGUAUGUGCUUGCCUCCCCUGACCUUUGAAACUCAAAUCCUCACUGCUCAGUGAAGCAAGUACUCAUCGUCAGCUGAACUGACUCUUCCCAAGUUCUGGAGAAGCCACUGUUUGUGAAGCAUGUGCCAAGGAGUCUAGUACUGGGCAUGUUGGAGCAGAAUCCGGAAACAUGAAAACUGCACAGUCAAAUACCCUCCUCUCUGCCACACAUAGCCUGUGCCUUCCCACUGCUGUAGUCAUAUGGACAGAAUCUGUUCUACCAACCCCAUCUCUUCCCAGAAGGUGGGACUUUGGUUGUAGGUUUUGGGGCUGCUAGGCUUACCCCAAUGCUGCACCUCAGGGUCUUCCUCUUGGCUUAGUUUUCUUCAUGCUUCUGGGUUUGGUUUGGUUUGGUUUUCUUCCCCAAACAACCAAGCAUAACAACUUGCUCCUUUAAAGCAGCCCUUGGCAUGAUUGGACCUAAUUGUGGUUCCCGGUAUCACACGCUCAUCCUUCUUCAGAAGUAUAUGAUCUUGAUAAAAAGCCUUGAGGCCUGUCUUCCUCCAGAUCUGCGUAGUUCUAUUAAAGAAAUGCUCCACACUGUAUAAGAGUCUCAUUGAACGGACUGCAUCUUCUCUGUUCCUGUUAGUAAAACCUGUUUCCAGUUGUGUAGUAAAUGUGGGCUUUCCUGAGGGAAGUUGUUCUGGUUAUAACAUAAGAAGCAAGAUCCCAAGGACAUAGGUAAUCUCCCAGAAGGAAAUUGUCUGUAAAUCAGCUCACAGCAAAUGAGAAGGCCCCAUGACUUUCAAUACCCAUUGGUGUUUCAGGCCCGUGGCAUAGUGUGAUCUGUGACAUCCAGCCAAAGUGAUACAGCUGUAAAGCAGCCCCAGAAAUAAAUGGACCCCCAAAUCAAAGUGGAUUCUCAUUGUUAUGGUUGUUUAACUGCUCCAGCAUGUCCCUGGUUUACCCACCAAAAACAUGCGCCAAAGAAAUUUAAGCCAACAAGCCACACCUGUCCAUUCUACAGAAUACCAAGACCAAGAGGACGUUGGCUGCCCUGUGCCCUCCUGCCAGGCAGCAGGGUGGAACCGGCCAUCUUCUGAGGGGAAGGGUCUGCCCCCAUUCCACAUGUUGAACAUACUGUGAAUAGCUGCACUUGUGAUGGGGUACAGUGGAACCCACAAAAGGGACUGAUGCCAUUUCACGAAGGAAAUGCAAGCUUACAGACACUUGUUUUGCAUCCUGAUCCAAGUAGGACCAAGAGCACUGCCUUGCUUUGGUUGCCUAAGCCCUCAUUGGACAAUUGAAAGUGAAGUAGCAUGCAUGCUUUGGCCUCAUCUCCACCCUGGCAAGGCCACUCCUAGAACAUCUGUCGUAAGGUCAUUCUCUGUCUGGAAGUUUCCACCCUGAUUGUGUCAACAUGUUUAAAGCAGAGCUGUGGGAGAUGGUCAUACAUCACCUAUGCAAGUAUCCUGAAUACUUGUUCCCAUUCAUGAUUUCAAUGCAUCAAGGAGCCAGAUAACCCUGUGCAGAAGGACAGGGAGUUUCAAGUUUUCCCAUAGACUAAGGUGGCUGAAAUCAGCUCGGGAGAUUUGAAGGAAUUGAAUGUUUUGUGUUACCAGCAUAAGCAAACCUUGGAGAUCACCCUUAUAGAGAUGCAUGUAUCCCCUGCUGCACAAAGCAAGGGUAGUGGCUCGGUAACAUUUCCCUGCAAUGGAGUAUGAGCAUCCUGCAUUAUUCUGCAAUUUGGGGAAAACGUCUCCAACUCCAGGGAACUUGGUGAGCUGGGGAGAUGAAAGAGAAUGGUGUCGGCCACCUAAGACAACCUGAGCCCGGAGCGUGCCCCCUGAAGCUUUGGGAUAUGCGUCACUGAUGUGGUGGAACAGGAAAGUGUCUCCCAUUCAAGAGGCAGAAAGGUUGGGUUGGCUUUGGCUGGAUUCACUGAGGGAGCUGCAGUGGAGCAUUACCAGCAAUGCCAAAGACCUCUCCAGGCUGUGCCAAUGCUUGGUCUACCCCUAGCCCUGGUUUCAUUUGGAAACCACCGCUUCCCAAAAUAGAACACACUGGUUGGCCGCUCAGGCUGCACAUGAGAUGGCCCCACGGCAGAGCCAUGAGAUGUGGUGGUUGGAUCUCUCCAUCUAUUUGACAAGUCCUAUCAAGCCAAAGAGAGGACCUGGGUAUUUGUACUGACAUCUGCUUGCACCUGGGUGGGUGCAAAACCAUAAUCCUAUGAGCAGCAAAGUCUCUCGUUGUGCAAUGGCUUAGGCAAAAGCAGUCAGUCUGUAGACUCGCUUGAUUGUUGCAUUUCCAGUGAAGAUCCCAGACAGCCUGUUUCACAAGGGAAAAGGGCGGGACUCUUUGUACUGUUUUGUAUGUUCAGGGUUUGUGCGAAUUCUCCCCCAAAGGCUUGUUUAAAAUCUUUCUUCCUUUCUCUCUCUUUCUCUCUCUCUCUCUCUCUCUCUGUCACUGUUUUCUCAAGUUCUACUUAUGCAGUGCCUGUGGGUUUCUCUGCUGUCUGCUCCAUGUGGGGUUUGCUGCUUUGGCCAUAAAGGAGGUUAAACUUCUCCCCAAAAGUUGUUUGAAAAACGCUGUAUGUGGCUCACGUUCAGUGACAGCAUCAUAAAGGCUCAAAUAUGCA